AAUUGCCAGAAACGUGUAAGGUAGACCAGUAUUAUGACCCCGGAGUUCUGAUGUGUCGGUCUUGUCAAACCAAUGCAUCGAUGGUGCGGUCUGGUGAUGGGUUUGGAUGUAGUUGCGCGGAACAUAGCGUACCAGCUGGUAUAGGGGCCUGUAGAUCAUGCAAUGCCACCGCGGUGGUGUCCGCCGAUGGGACCUCGUGUGUGCCGAGGAGGUGCCAGGUCGUCGCCGGGAAAUUUGUAUGCAGGAAAUGUCCUAACGAUUUUGUAUCAGUGACCCAAAAUUUCGACGGAUCACCAAUGAAAGAAGUGCAAUGCGUGAAGUGUGCGCGCGGGUACAAAGCUCAAGGGAAUAUUUGCGUCAGAUGCGAGGCUUGCACUUGUAAUAAGGAUCAAGUCGUGGUUAGGGGCUUGUGUGUGGCCAAGAGUUUUGUGAACAACCGGCCGAAGUAUGAAGAAAUAGUAUUACAUCCUACGACGUUGCUCGAUGUCGUUAAAUACGAGUAUUUGUGUGUUCAAAACGAUACGCGAGCUUGUCGCUUUUUAGCGAAUGAAUGUGUAAAUAAUUUUUACACCAUCGAUGUUGCUGGACCGUGCAGAUUAUGGCUGCAGCCGAAACUGACGCUUCCAUUGGCUUUGCCACAACUGACAGUGGAUGUAAAAACUUACGACAGAAAUACUGGAGUUAUUCUACCUCAUGGCAAGGAUACAGUUUUUAUAUCCGUGGCGUUACAUACAUCGGAUGGAGGUUUUAAAUACCUUCGAGAAACGAAACACAAAGCGUUGUCAUGUUAUUUACCAAUCGCAAUAAAAAUUGGCACGGAUUUCUCAUUUGACUGCGAAAUUAAUUUAUCGGAAGUCAGCUUGUCGAAGUUGAACGGAACUCUAGUACCGUAUUUACAUGCAGACGAACCAAAAUCAUUGCCGGUUUCUUUGAUAAAACCAGAUGGUCACAAUGUUCAGAGAGGAACUUGGCCGACAAGCCAAUUUGGACGUUAUUAUAUAGUACACAAUGCUGUUUCAGUAACAGCUAAUAUAACGAACACGAUAUAUCUACGUACUCUGACAUUUAAACUACGCAUUGAAAGAGACAAAUACAGCCUCGGAGGAUUACGAGUCCGUAUAGAUAUAGAGGCUCAAUACGACAAGACGCUCCGGAUAGAGAGUGAAGUGAUCACGACUCUAAGGGUCCAGCACGAGAUGCCCGGCGCAGGGCUGUUCCGCGCUUUGGAGAUCUGGGCUAGUGUUCUAGGCGUUCUAUCGUUGUUAUACGCGAUGGUGCAAUACCGCAGCGUAGUGCGUAGAGGCGGUCUGUACUUGGCUGCGCUGCCGAUACUAUGUGGUGCUGUUGCUGACAUGCUGUUCUUUUCUAUUUGGCUCUCUAUUCUCCACGCGAUGGCUGCAGAACUGAGCACGUUUGGGUUGACCCUACCACCGUCCAAGCAAGAGGAAAAAAUGAUUAAGGCGUUUAUUUAUACAGCCGUGUCAUUGAAGCUUGUGAAAGCGGCUUGGGUUAAUUGGAAUCAGUGCCGCUGCGACAUCUUCUUUCUUGAUUGGUCUGAAUACAAUUCUCCUUGGAAAGAUGCACCAGUCAGUGAUAAUUCCAGUAAUUGGAAAAUUUGCUCGUUGGCAAAGGAAUGGAGUGUUAUGCAGACUAAAAGAAGAGUAUCGCCAGGCUAUGUGAUACCUCUAGCACUUGUUAUUCUGCGGAUAAUGGAUCCGUGGUACUCCCACUUCCCUGCAAGCGAUGGGUACAGAUGGGGCAUAACAGCUCUCGCCUGGUGGUCAUCAUAUAUAGCUGUACUGUUAUCUCGAUGGUUGAAGGACAGAUUCCUUGGUUCACCAGCCUCUGUGCUCCCUAACACUUGCUCCGGCGUGGGAAUAUCCUUAUUAGUGUUUCAAGAGGAAUAUCAUGCUCAUUAUGUGCACGGAAGGAACGAUCAAUCUAAAGAAUUAAGGUCAACAAUGGUCGGACAACAGGCAAGUUGUCGCAUCGUGUGUUCACCGCAGUUGAGGGCUGUGUACAAACAGUUAUCGACGUCGGAAACAGCAGGACAUUUAGGUUUAAAUGAAACGAAACAAACAGUUCUAUCGAAGUUUUUCGCGGCUUUUUUUGAACGUGCGUUAGACGGGCUCAGUUGGGUCGCUAGCGAGCGGACCAUACUAGAGAGAUUAUUCGACAUCGAACUAACGACUAGAGAAGCUGGCACGACCAGCACCUUGCUGUACGAUGACAAUGAGCCAUCGUGUUUCGCUGUCACGUGGUGGGGCGAAGAAUGGACUCUAUGUACGCUUGACGCGAUGAUCUUCAGCUGUGUUUACAUUGCUGCUAACGAUGUUCUAUUGGCUGCUGUAAUCACACUCACUCUUUGGCAGAUAAUGAAGUUUCUCAGAGAGUUGUUUGGCGAGAGAAAUUUAAAUCAAAAUAUUGAUUUGGAAACAUAAGUUAUUAGGUUGGAGUUUAUUACCUGUAGAAUUGUAUGAUGUAGUAGAUUCUGUUAAAUAAUUGAGUUUGGAAAGCGUAAAACAUGUUGAAAUUG